UAUUGCACUACAAUUACUCCACUUGGAAAAAUGGACACAUGCAAACAGCGAUGCAAACAUCAAUGCAAACAGCCUCACAUGGAAACACGGAAAAAACCUAAUAUCUAUGAUGAAAUCAUCCCUCCGCACCAAAAAAUUGAAAUGGAAGGAGCAGAGAAGUACCUGAUUCAUCUCCCAGGCUUCUUCAAGGAACAACUCAAUGUUGAAUUCAGCACCGAUGGAAAGAUAACUGUUAGUGGACGGCGUCCCUUAUUCGACAACUGGUGGAGCCGCUUCCGCAAGGAACUGCAAGCGCCGGAGAACUAUAACAUCAACAACAUGCAUGUGAGUUUUAAGGACGAAGUCCUUUGUAUUGUGCUUGCGAACUUCACCAACUAAGCCAAAGCG